CUCCCGGGAGGCCUUGGCCUCAGGCCCUGGCAACCUUGGUGAGACUUGCUAAAUAACACCUUUGUCUGAGACGGGUUAUGCACCUUCCCUCCUCCACACCCUCAUGCAAGUCUAGGCGGCUUAAGAUCAAGAAGCGAGGCCAUGGACCGUCCCUCCGAGCAGCUCUGAAGUAGGGCCUGCGCUGUCAUCCUGUCAGAGCCCUCGAGAGUGAGAAGCUCGCUGCUGGUGAGAGGGCAUGGCCAGGAUCCCUGGAGCUGGACCACCUUCAGCGUCACCGUCUUUGGAGAAUAAGGAAGAAAACGAAAAUGAUGUGGUCCUUCUUAGUCCCAAGGAGCCUGACAGAGGCCAUCCACAGGAGCUGGUACAGCUGGAGUCCGACCUUGGCCCGAGCAUGCAGGGCCCACCCUACAGCCUCCCUGCUGGGCUCAGCCUGGACGACUUCAUCCCCGGUCACCUGCGGGCCCACAUAGGGCCACCCUCCCGGGGGACGCGGGUGCCUGUGAUCCGGAAUGGCGGCUCCAACACCCUUAAUUUCCAGUAUCAUGACCCGGCGCCCAGGACUGUGUGCAACGGCUACUUCCCGCCGAGGAGGGAUGCUUCCCAGCACCCAGACCCUGCUUGGUACCAGACGUGGCCAGGCCCCGGCAGCCGGCCCUCGGCCAGCCCGAAGACCCCUGCCUCCUCCCGGCAUGGCCAGAACUGGUCGGCCACGUGGACCAAGGACAGCAAGCGUCGGGACAAGCGCUGGGUCAAGUACGAGGGAAUCGGGCCCGUGGACGACAGCGGCAUGCCCAUUGCCCCCCGAUCCAGCGUGGACAGCCCCAGGGACUGGUACCGGAAGAUGUUCCAGCAGAUUCACCGGAAAAUGCCAGACUUGCAGCUAGACUGGGCUUUCGAGGAACCACCCAAAGAUCCCCCGCAUCCAGGGCUCCAGCAGAGACCCGCCUCCAGGCCUGGGCCAGCCGCGUCUUCCAGCGGGAGAAGCUGGGAUCACUCUGAAGAGUCACCUAAAGGCUCCUUCCCCUACAAUCCCGGCGUGUCGGCCUCUGUGCUUCGGCCCCCAAAUCAGGCACCCAGGCGCCGAGAGAAACUGGACGGCAUCUGGACGGAAGACUCCUUGCACCAGUUUCUGCAAGAGCUGGAGACCGGGCAGAGGCCCAAGAAACCGCUGGUGGACGACCCUGUGGAGAGGCCCUCCCAGCCCAUUGAGGUCCUGCUGGAGAGGGAGCUGGCCAAGCUGAGCGCGGAGCUGGACAAGGACCUGCGUGCGAUCGAGACCCGGCUGCCGUCCCCCAAGGCAGGUGGCUCGCUCUCUCCGCGCAGCCCGGCUGCAGCCCGGAGCUCCGCCUCCCUGCGAGCACCUUACCUGGGUUCACCCCGUGCCCUGAGCCCCCACAGGAUGGCAGACGGAGGAAGCCCCUUCCUGGGCCGCCGGGACUUUGUCUACCCGUCCUCGACCCGAGACCCUAGUGCUGCGGAGCGAGGCGGCAGCCCGGCCAGGAAGGAGGAGAGGAAGAGGAAGGCUGCCCGCCUCAAGUUUGACUUCCAGGCACAGUCCCCCAAGGAGCUGACGCUGCAGAAGGGUGACAUUGUCUACAUCCACAAGGAGGUGGAUAAGAACUGGCUGGAGGGCGAGCACCACGGCCGGCUGGGCAUCUUCCCGGCAAACUAUGUGGAGGUGCUGCCGGCAGACGAGGUGCCCAAGCCCAUUAAACCCCCGACCUACCAGGUGGUGGAGUAUGGAGAAGCCGUGGCCCAGUACACCUUUAAGGGGGACCUGGAGGUGGAGCUGUCCUUCCGCAAGGGUGAGCGCAUCUGCCUGACCCGCAAGGUGAAUGAGAACUGGUACGAGGGGCGCAUCUCAGGCACCGGGCGCCAGGGCAUCUUCCCUGCCAGCUACGUGCAGGUGUGCCGUGAGCCCCGGCUUCGGGUCUGCGACGACAGCCCCCAGCUCCCUGCGUCUCCCCGCUUGACCGCGGCUGCCCGUCUGGUCCGUCACCCCAGCUCCCCAUCGGCACCACUCAGCUCAGCAGACCCCGCCAACUGGGGGGGCCGGACCCCCCCCCGCCGCACUGGCCUCUCCUUCCCCACACAGGAGCCCAGACCCCAGACACAGGGCCUCAGUACCCCUGGGCCAGCUCUGUCCCACCCUCGAGGCCCCAGUCAUUCCCCGGACCUGGGAGCCUCCUCCCCCCACACUGCUCAGAUCCACUGGACCCCGUACCGGGCGAUGUACCAGUACCGGCCCCAGAACGAGGAUGAGCUGGAGCUGCAGGAGGGGGACCGGGUGGACGUCGUGCAGCAGUGUGAUGACGGCUGGUUCGUGGGUGUCUCCCGGAGGACCCAGAAAUUUGGGACAUUCCCUGGAAAUUACGUGGCCCCGGUGUGAGUGGUCUCCAUGAACUCAGAGCCUGCCAGGAUGGGGUGGAGAGCAGCACUUACAGGAGGGGGAGAGGACCUCCCCACGCACAUCCUCCUCCCCCAGGACCUGAGCUCCCGGCAUCUCCUGCGACCCCAGCAGGCUUUCCCCCGGGAGCCCCUCGGAGCCCCCUGGACUGAUUCCCACCACAGCUCCCGGGCGUUUCUGGAACAGCCCUUUCAUUGCCUCCCACCCCCUCCCCCAAAUACAGAGGUCUGCUUUGAAGUGGAGACUGCAGCGGGCCUUAUUGAGACCAGAGCCCCAGCCCCCCCAAACUCCCCCGCCUCCCUACCUCGCAUUUAGCUCCACCCCCCCCCCAUGGGGCUCCUCUAACAAGGACCAGCUUUCCUAACUGAACAAAGACCAAAGUCACCUCCACCUGGAGGGCUUCCUCCCUGCUCAUUGCAGCUCGCCCUGACCUCUGCUUUCUUGCUCCCAUGUGGGCCUAGGAGUGACAAGGGGGCAGACACGGUGCCUUCUUAGCCUUCGAGCCUAGCAGGGGUCUUGCCUCAAGGGCUCCCUUCCCUGGCCCCCCAGGCCUGAGCUCUGCACACACCGUCCAGCUGCCGUUCCGCGGUCUCCAGCCUCCCUCAGCCUGGUCUAGUGUCUGACAGUGGCUACCCUCCUGCCUCCCGGCCCCGCUAGCUAGUCCACACUCCCCUGGGAGGGAAUGUAUAAUAAAUCUGGUGCCAGGGG